ACCCGUGUCCCCUGCCUCGGCAGGCGGACUCUCAACCACUGCGCCACCAGGGAAGCCCCGUAACAUAUAUUUUAAAUGGAGAGUGAGUGCUAGGAGGCUUUCUAGGAUUUGCAGCUCCUUCUCUGCCUGGACACUGACAGAUUUCUUUUCAGCAAAAAAUCAUCCAUUAAUGAACUGAUGAAAACUGCUGGGGUGGGUGCAGGAGAAGGAAGGCCCUGAGGGGAACAGAGAGCGGCCACUCGACUCGAAAGAAGCCACCAAAUAUCGGAAUGAGACUGGCAAAGCCAAAACUGGAGUGAGAAGCACAGCUCUGGCUCCCGGGGGCACGAGGCAGAUGCGGGCCCUUCCCGGUGGUUCCAGAUCCGCAGGUGGCCCCACUCACUUAGCCUUGGUGAGUGGGCUGGAUAAGAAUUUCCUUCCCUAAUUAACAGCUCCGCAAAGUUAAGCAAAUAGCCCAUUGUUGCUGUGACCGUCAUCAGGAAAGCAUCCCCACGAAGGUUGCCGCAGCGCCCCUGCUCAGUUGUUUACUGUAACGGCCUUCGGCUCCCCUCCUUGGGCUGGACUGAAGGGGCUUUGCUUAGGGGGUCAGGGGUGUGGAAGCUCUGGAACCUAACCCCCCCUCGGAGGGCAGUUCUCGCAGCUCAGGAGGGCACCCCGUGGAGGGAGGAGAGGGCUGAGGGUAGGGCCGUCCUCAGAGGGGUUCCGGGGAGAUGGCCCAGCCCGGGAGCCACUGUCCCACCGGGCACCAGACAGACGGUGAAACGGGCGAUCCUCCCAUGGGGCGUGUGCUCCAGGGGGGGCGAGCACGUAGAGCAUUACUAGAACGCAACGUGCAUUGUAAACAUUUGAGUUCUAGAAGGAUUUUAGGGAUGGGGGCCUUUCCGGGGUGGGUUGGGGCAGGAGGGAGGGCCCACGCAGACCCCUGAGGGGGAGCCCCGAGCAUCCCUGGGUGAGCUGCUGGGAUCCAAGUGCGAUGGGAGUUGAGACACCCAUGGUGGAAGGUCCAUCUCAGGGCUGCGGGCCGGGGCGCUGGCUUGUACCGGGCGGAGUCUAGGCGAGGAGAGCUGCUCCAGGGGCAGAGAAAAGGCGGACUUAAAACCAGAGGCAGGGGGAUGACUGGCGAGACAGAAUCCAGCAAAGAGACAAUGAGAAAGGAGAGAAGGCCGCUGUCAGGAUGCUCGGCGAGGAUGCAGGUGCCCGUCAUCACCUGGGUGGGUGCUGGCCGCUGCUGCCAUAAUCGGAUACAGGAAGGGAUGGCGUGGAGGGUGGGUCUGUGACUGUCUGGACCACCCGGUGGAAGCACGGGGCUGGGAUGCAGAUGGGGGAGGGCUGAGCAGAGAGCAGGCAGCUGGGGGUGAAGGUGCACCUGGGGCCCCCGCCUCAGCCCUGAGCGAGGCAGAGAAGGGGGAAGCGGCCUGGGGUGGGGAAGGGGACAGGAGGGCAGAAGGAAGAGACUGUCCGCAGGGCCGAAUGCUGCCCACACGCCUGCCCCUGAGGAAGGACCCAGGUGUCCGGGCGGAGUUAGGGGUCAAGAGGCCAGGUCCUUAACCUGUGACGUAAUUAAACCCCGCCACUGCCCUGUGAUGCUGGUACUGUUUUGCCUGCCAUACAGAGAAGGAAACUGAGGCACAGUAAGGGUAGGGGAUUUACCUCUGUUCAGGGGGGACUCUCCCUGCACCCCACUCUCCCUGGGGCCUCUGCAUUCCAGCUUGGCUCUCAGAGUUGGUUCUGUGAGAAACAGCAUUGGGUGCAUUUGUUCUCUCGAUGCUAUUUUUAAGUCAGAAAUCAAUGUUAAUAGACACUGAUGGGAGAAGAUAAGAAUCAGUGAUCACAUGGGAUUGAAAAAAUAGUUGCACUAUGUUUUUCUUAGUGCCGUGUGUGUGUGUGUGUGUGUGUGUGUGUGUGAGAGAGAGAGAGAGAGAGAGAGAGAGAGAGAGAGAACAGGCAUUAAACUCUUAGGCAGUCGAAUGCCUACACUAAAAGGAACUACACAGAGUCAGAGAGAUCUAGUUAAGUGAUGUCAGUUCUAAGGGUCCGGGAUCCGAUCGAGGCCUAACAGCAUCGUCUUCAGUUUGGUCCUAUUAGCUCGUGAUUGAUCGCAGAGAGGAAGCAAAGGCACAAACGUCAGUCUAAGGGGAAGCACCUGCCGGGGGGACUCCUCCCUCCAGACCCACCUGGAAGCUGCCUCACCUUCUCUCGCUACCGAGAGUCUGUCAUACAAAGUGAAAUCCAUCCACUAGGGAAUUGUGUGGCAGGAAGGUGUGAUUUUUAUUUAGUUUGCUCCUGAUUCCUUGUUUGCAUAGCACCUGCGUGCCGCCUGCAGCCCUGGGGUUCAGGUAAGAGCCUUAGGAAACCAUUUCUUUAAAUUCAGUUUAAGGCGUCAGAGUCCUAAAGCAGCUCUUGUAUUACUGGUGUGUGAUAAUCCUGCUGAAGUAGGUAUCUGUCUACAGGGCUUUGGGUAGGAAAGGGGUUAAGCCAGUUCUGAAAUACAUUCUUAAGAGGCUAAACAAGAGACGGAGGCAGAUUUUGAAGCUCUUCUGCUAGAACUCUGCAGACUGGCUGCGAGGAGGGAUGAAACCGUAGCAUAAAUCAUGAGAAUUAGCAGACCUUUCUAGAGAGCUUUCUAGAGAAGCCCAUGGAUUAUUUUGCACAAACGUUAACAUGUACAUUUGUAUAUUCGUGGCAAUACUAACUUACCCAGUGUAGUUUAAAACAAGGCCUUCAGCAUAUGUUGAAGAAGAAAUACAUAUGUACAAAGUAUAGAGAAAGUGGAAGAAAAUGUAUUCAAUGAAGGCAAUUUGGAGAUUUAGGUUCUUGGACUGUCACGUCUGGGAGGGAUGCUGGGUUCACUCAUCCCUUGCAUUUUUUGCAACCUUUAGAGGCUAGAGGUUUGGAGACGCAGUAAAGAUUGCUCAGCUGGGUUCUGGCAGGUCUUUAUUAAAUCUCUGUAUUUGGGAAAGUAAGAAUGAUGAAGAGUAGAAACCUUUAAUCUUGGCCGUGAAUUAGGGACAAUUAAUCUUGUCCUUGGAGAAAAUUAAUCAGGAGGGGCCCUGAGUAACCUUUCAGAAAGAAAUUCAGUAGUGAAGGAGAAUGUAGGUCAAGCAUAGGAGAAACAACCCAGAAAUAGGAAGUAAGAACCUAUUUUAUUUGGGUCUAACAAACAGUGACUCCAAAGCCAUUUGCAGUCUGUAUCCCUCUGCCCCUAACCAUUUCCGUAUGUCAGGUUUGUGGGGUCACAGGGGCUUCCCAGGGUCCCUCCUUCCCCCCGACUUGACAUUCAACAGAAGGACUGUGUCCAUUCUCUUUGCGUUCACACGGACUGUAUUGCUCUGUCUAAGGCAGGGCCUGCUGUGGGAUUUUUAAUGUAUCACCUGAAGGGUUUUUGACCCAGUGGGUCCUCAGCAACUUUGUUGGGCUGAGUGACUACAGAUGUCAAACCCUCCUCACUUUGGAUGAGCACGCACACCUUUGACAGCUGAAGCCUUGCAUCCAUCAAAACUUAGGUUAGCUCCAGGAGGGAACCUAAAUAACAGGCUUGGGCAGGUUAGCAGCACGUGUGUUUCUCUCUCACGUCAAAGAUGGGCUGGGAGGGCAGGGCUGGUCUGUGUUGUCAUCAGAGACCAGGAUUUCUCUGUCCCCAAAGUGUUGCCCUCCAGUUCAUGAGGGAGGGCGCACCCCUUCCCGUGAAGGUCCUGGCCCAUCAGGUGCACAUGUCACUUUUACCCACUUCCCACUGGCCAAAAUCUAGUUUCACGGUGAUACCUGGGCUGCAGGGGUGGCUGGGAAAUGAGUCUAUUGUGGGCAGCCACGUGCCAACCAACAUUUCUGUUACCACUGAUGAUGGUAACAUCCAGCCACCUCCCUGGUGAAGAUUUGCAUGUGGUUGGAACCAGGAUAAUAUUUAUUUAUUCAUUCAUUCAUUCAUUUAUUUAUUCACUGUCAUUCAUUUAUUCAACCACUCAACAGAUAUUUGACUGUGAGUGCUGAAAAUAAGAAGGUAGGAAGAUGCAGUUGCUCUCUUCAAGCUGUUACCUGUAAGUGACGCUAGUCUAGGUGCUGCGUGGAGAAGGGGCAGGGCAGGGGGGGCAGUGAUCCAGAGAAGACAAGAGGGAAGGUGGAAGCCGGGGAGGGAAGGAUGGGAGACAGACGGCGUCCUAGCUCCAGUGCACUCUGGAGAAACACCAGAAGUAGGAAUUAAACAUUGAAACUGAGGAGCCAGCCAGAGGCUUUGUGAGAAACGCAAAUGUAACUUUUUAUUUUGGAAAAUAACACAUGAAUGUAAUUUCUACUCUAUUCCUUGUGCAAACCGUCAUGUCCUUCUUGAAAAAUUUUUUCUUUAGAGAUGGUGCCACAGCUUAUCUCACUGCUUCUUUGGGAGCAAAGCAUGUUCCUUUAUUCAUGAUCCUUUGUUGAAGUUUGUCUACCUGCCGGGCCUGGGGUGAUACAUCUCCGCCCGUGUCAGGUGUGCAGAACCAGGGUAAGAAUCACAGAAGGAUGGAUGUUUGCUUUUAUCUCAGCUCUUCUCUGGCUGGAGAGCAAAAUGGAGUUUAUCCCAAUUUGACACCUAUAGGAGCUCCUGAUCCUUUUUAUUACUGGAAUAAUUGUAACACAUUUUGAAACAAUUAAAAGGGAAAAAUCUAGACCCCCUGCAGAGGUUGGUCUGUGCAAGUUUGAUUUGACUAGGACCAGUCACUUCUGAGUUAAACAGAAGAGGAAGGUGUAGGUUAUUUAUGGAAUUUGGCUCUAAGAAAACGCAAGUCAAUUUCCUGAAAUGGCGUAACUUUGUGAUUUUAAAGGGAAACAUCUGUCCUUCCGUCCCCAAAUACUUCUAUUUGCAUCAAGCUGCACCCUGAGGCUCAUGGAGGCUUCCAUAUGACGGCGAUGUGACCCUCUGGAUGACAGUCUAGCUGGGUUUUAAAAAUGUAUAUGUAGAAAUAGUUUUAUAGGCACUUUAAAAAAGCAUUUUAAAAAGAGAUAAGCUCCCAUAACCUCACCAUUCCGAAACCACCACGUGCGUUUGGAUAUAUUUGCUUCUAGUUUUUGUUACUAUGCAUAUAGGCACACGUUGCUUUAUUGCGCUUCACAGACAGCGCGUUUUGUCACAAACUAAACAUUUGUGGCAGCCCUACAUUGAGCAUUUGCUCACUUUGUCUCUCUGUGUUCCAUUUGGGUAAUUCUCACAGUAUUUCAAACUUUUUCAUCACCAUUACAUUUGUUCUGAUGACCUGUGAUCUUUGAUGUUACUACCGCUACUGCUGAAGCCUCAGACAACGGUUAGCGUUUUUCAGCAAUAAAGUAUUUUUAAAAUUAAGGUAUGUACAUUGUUUUUCAACAUAAGGCUAUGCACACUUAAUGGACUACGGUAUGGUAUAAACAUAACUUUGAUAUGACCUGGAAACCAAGAAAUUUGUGUGACUCAAUUUUUUUCUGAUCUUUACCUUAUUGCAGUGGUUCUGGAACCAACUUUUCUACUCUCUGUCUCUGAAUUUGACUAUUCUCAGUACCUCAUCUCUGUCAUCUGAGCCAUGAGGAUCUGGUGGCUCCUGUUCGUCUCUGGGGCCUGCGCAGGGAUGGUGAGCUCACAGGACACCUGCAGGCAGGGCCACCCUGGCAUCCCCGGGAACCCGGGUCACAAUGGAUUGCCCGGGAGAGAUGGACGUGAUGGAGCAAAGGGCGACAAGGGGGACGCAGGCGAACCAGGACAUCCUGGUGGCUCAGGGAAGGACGGGACGACCGGAGAGAAAGGAGAGCCAGGAGCCGAUGGAAACGUUGAAGCAAAGGGCGUCAAAGGUGAUCAGGGCUCAAGAGGCCCCCCAGGGAAACACGGGCCAAAGGGACUUGUGGGCCCCAUGGGAGAGAAAGGCCUCAGAGGAGAGACCGGCGCCCAAGGGCAGAAGGGGGAGAAGGGCGACGUGGGUCCCGUUGGCCCAGAAGGGCCAAAGGGCAGCACUGGACCUUCGGGCCCAACUGGUUUACCGGGCCCCGUGGGCCCCACCGGAAAGCCGGGUCCCAGGGGAGAUGCCGGCCCCCUGGGGCCACAGGGUGAGCCCGGAGCCCGGGGAAUGAGAGGCUGGAAAGGGGAUCGAGGAGAAAAAGGGAAAAUUGGGGAGACGCCAGUCUUGCCCAAAAGCGCCUUCACCGUGGGGCUCACGGUGCUGAGCAAGUUCCCUCCGUCAGACGUGCCCAUCAAGUUCGACAGGAUCCUGUACAACGAGUUUGGCCACUACAGCGUGGCCACGGGGAAAUUCACCUGCCACGUCGCCGGCGUCUAUUACUUCACCUACCACAUCACCGUUUUCUCCAGGAACGUCCAGGUGUCUUUGGUCAAAAACGGGGUAAAAGUCGUGCACACCAAGGACGGUUACAUGAGCUCCGAGGACCAGGCGUCCGGUGGCAUCGUCCUGCAGCUGAAGCUCGGGGACGAGGUGUGGUUGCAGGUGACGGGAGGGGAGAGGUUCAACGGCCUGUUUGCGGAUGAGGACGACGACACCACGUUCACGGGCUUCCUUCUGUUCAGCAGCGCGUGAUGGGUCAGGGGGCGGGGAGCGGUUAUAACUCUGUCUCUCCAUCCGCCCGAAUCAGCUUGGUGAAGACAUUAUUUGAUGAUUUUACCACGUUAAUUAUAUCACCACUGUCAUAACCAUAAAAAGGUGAAAGUUAUUCCUAAAACUGAGUCUAUAGAAUUCGCUAUCCUUCCAAGAGUAAAUGUAAAAAUACCUGCUCUGUUUAUUACAGUGUAUUUGAUAUUUUCCAUCAUUCCCGUGAUCUGAAGAAUCCUUUGCUCGGGCGUUCCUUGUGGGGAGUGUUUUGAUAUCAUUUUAGUGCUCGAAGGAGCCGUGUGAUGAUGUAUCUCCCAUCUGAAUUCCUGAGGACAUUACAGGGAAAGAAAAGGAAGUGUUUAUUCCAUCUGUGACUAAUAAGAGUUUGGGCUGGUGACAAUGGCACAGCCCAGGAAACUGCAGGACACUCUGCUCACUUUCUAUCUUGGGUUUUCAUCACCAUUCAACUCAACAAACAGUUGUUAGUAAACUGUUUGCCAAACUUGACUCUGUUUUAGUUUCCCUCCGUAUCCACAGUUCCGUA